AUGAAUUUCUUAAACAAAAUAUUUGCUAGUACACAUAAUAGAAGCUCUUUUUUAAUUGAGGAUGUCUUAGGUUCUGAAGAUGAUCAAGGUGAAGUCCCAGAACGUCAAGAAAUUCCAUAAUUUAAGAAAUAAAGUAUUCAACAUUAUAGAAUUACACCGUAAGAAACCGCUGACAAAAUGGGUUUGGCAGAUUUUUUGGCUAGAUACGAUGAAAAUUUUGAAGAUGUAUUUGUAGUUAAACCUGUGAUUAUUAAAUUCACAGAAGGGAAAGAAAAGAAGGCAAGAAGAAGGUGAAUAUGAUAACGAGAGAAAUCACAAAAGAAAAAACCUUAAAGCAAAACAAGGAAAACUUAAUCAAAAGAACAGAAGGAAUCUUUAAAAGAUAAUACCUAAAGAACAAUAAGCAACCCUGGAUUAUCAAGAAUUUCAAGUAACUAUAGAUUAUAACGAUUUAAAUGAUAUGACAGAAUUCAAAAAAUCUCUUAAAUCAAAAUUAGAAAAGGACCCAAAAAUAAGAUUACCGAAAUUCCCAAAAUAUAGAAAAAGGAUUGCUAAACAAUCAUCUUUCUACUUUAAGAUCAAACUCCGAUGGACGUGAC